ACGUCACAGCAGACAACAUGGCGUUCAGUUUCGGCGGCGCCACGAGCAGCGCAGCGCAGGGCACCGCUGGAUUUUCAUUUGGUUCAUUUGGUGCCAAAACAACAGCAUCAACGGGAUUUGGCUUCAACCCCACCCCUGCCACCACCACCACCGCCUCAUCCGGGUUCGGCACUCUUACAGCUCCUGGUUUUGGGGCAGCCACCACCUCUGCACCAGCCACUGGAUUUAGUUUUGGCUCCACCAACACUGGAUUUGGGGGGCUAGGAGCUGGAUGCACCACGGCUGGCGCCUUUGGCGGUUUUGGGACCACUACAACAACAGUUGCCGCACCAGGAUCCACUUUCAGCUUUGCCCCUCCUACUAACACCACAGGAGGCCUGUUUGGUAACACACAAAACAAAGGGUUUGGAUUCUCAUCUGGGCUUGGGGCUGCAGCUGGUACUGCGACAGCCGGCUUUGGAACUGGAUUAGGAACCACUGGCCUUGGUGGGUUCGGAGGGUUUAAUAUCCAGUCAACACAGCAACAACAAGGAGGCUUGUUUGGCCAGCAGGCCCAGCAGCAGGGUCAGGCUCAACCAAGCCAGCUUUACCAGCAGGUCACUGCUCUGUCAGCCCCGACAUUAUUAGGAGAUGAGCGGGACUCCAUACUUGCCAAAUGGAACCAACUGCAGGCCUACUGGGGCACAGGGAAGGGCUACUACGGCAACAACAACCCACCUGUGGAGUUUACACAGGAGAACCCUUUUUGCAGGUUCAAGGCAGUGGGCUAUAGCUGCGUCCCAGUGAGUAAGGAUGAGGAUGGUUUGGUGGUUUUGAUUCUCAAUAAAAAAGAAGCAGACGUUCGAGUUCAACAGCAGCAGCUGGUGGAGUCUGUCCACAGGAUUCUAGGAAACCAACAGACGCUGUCUGUCAAUGUCGACGGUGUGAAAGCCUUGCCAAAUGACCAGACUGAGGUGAUCAUUUACCUGGUGGAGCGUUCUCCUAAUGGCACCUCGAAGAGGAUUCCCGCUACCAUCCUCUUCGGCUAUCUGGAGCAGAACAUCAUAAAGGCCCAACUCGCGCAGAUUGGAGUUGCCAUGUCAGUCACACGCACCGAGUUGUCCCCAGCUCAGCUCAAACAGCUGCUGCAAAACGCUCCUGGAGGUGUGGAUCCCAUCAUUUGGGAGCAGGCUAAGGUGGACAAUCCUGAUCCAGAGAAGUUAAUUCCAGUGCCUAUGGUUGGUUUUAAGGAGCUGCUCCGCAGGUUGCAGACCCAAGAGCAGAUGACUAAACAGCACCAGACCAGAGUGGAUAUUAUCUCCAACGACAUCAGUGAUCUCCAGAAGAACCAGGCGACGACUGUGGCCAAGAUUUCGCAAUACAAGAGGAAGCUGAUGGAGCUGUCUCACAGGGUGCUACAGGUUCUGAUCAAACAGGAGAUUCAAAGGAAAAGUGGUUAUGCUAUCCAAGUGGACGAGGAGCAUCUCAGGGUCCAGCUGGACACCAUUCAGUCAGAACUCAAUGCCCCCACACAGUUCAAGGGUCGUUUGAAUGAGUUAAUGUCCCAAAUCCGGAUGCAGAACCAUUUUGGGGCUGUAAGAUCAGAGGAGCGCUACAGUGUCGAUGAAGACCUUCUCAGACAAAUCAAGCAGCAUUUGAAGCAGCAACAGGAUGGUUUAAGUCAUUUGAUCAACGUCAUCAAAGAUGAUUUGGAAGACAUCAAGCUCGUAGAGCACGGGCUAAGUGACAGCGCCCCCAUGAGAGGAUGUAUCCUAAAAGCACAAAUGAUGCACAUUUCUAACCAACACCAGGCAACAUAAUAUCAAAGCCUCUGUGAUACGACUGAUGUCCGAUCAGAUGAGUCAGCAUAACAAUGACUAGUUAGUCUGUGCUGUCUGGACUGAUACGGACAGCUUAAUGCAGAGACUCUACGUCUAAUAUUAGCCGGCUACCUUUAUGUCAGAGCAGAUUAUUCACACGAGACUGAAUGAAUCAUGUAAACAAGGUGUGCCAUUGGGGGCGUUAGAAUUUAAAUUGAUGUAAAUACACCUCUGCAAUUUUUUUUUUCACUUUUCUUGAAGAUUAUUAAUAAACUUCAUUUUGAUUCAAAA